UAUCGUUUUAACCAAGUAGUUCUAUCAGGCUCAUUACCAAAUAAUAUCACAACACUCACAUUCGGUGAGUGUUUUAACCAAGUAGUUCCACCUGGCACAUUACCAAAUAGUCUUACAACACUCACAUUCGGUGGUUAUUUUAACCAAGUAGUUCUACCUGGCUCAUUGCCAAAUAGUCUUACAACACUCACAUUCGGUUAUGAUUUUAACCAAGUAAUUCUUCCCGGCUCAUUACCAAAUAGUCUCACUACACUCAGAUUCGGUCGUGAUUUUAACCAAGAAGUUCUACCUGGCUCAUUACCAAAUAGUCUCACAACACUCACAUUCGGUGAUGAUUUUAACCAAGUAGUUCCACCUGGGACAUUACCAAAUAAUCUCACAACACUCACAUUCGGUUAUUAUUUUAACCAAAUAGUCCCACCCGGCUCAUUACCAAAUAAUCUCACAACACUCACAUUCGGUAAUGAUUUUAACCAAGUAUUUCUACCUGGCACAUUACCAAAUAGUCUUACAACACUCACAUUAGGUGAUGAUUUUAACCAAGUAGUUCCACCUGGCACAUUACCAAAUAGUCUUACAACACUCACAUUCGGUCGUUAUUUUAACCAAGUAGUUCUACCUGGCUCAUUACCAAAUAGUCUUACAACACUCACAUUCGGUUAUGAUUUUAACCAAGUAAUUCUUCCCGGCUCAUUACCAAAUAGUCUCACUACACUCACAUUCGGUCAUUGUUUUAACCAAGUAGUUCUAUCAGGCUCAUUACCAAAUAAUCUCACAACACUCACAUUCGGUCAAUGUUUUAACCAAGUAGUUCUACCCGGCACAUUACCAAAUAGUCUCACAACACUCACAUUC